AUGUAUGCUAAAGGUAAAGGUUCAUCAGUUCCUUCUGAUGCACAAGCUGGAGAAAAAUUAGCUUUGUAUGUCUAUGAAUAUUUAUUGCAUGUCGGUGCACAAAAAGCAGCUCAGACGUUUUUAUCGGAAAUUAGGUGGGAAAAAAAUAUCACAUUAGGUGAACCUCCCGGGUUUUUACAUUCCUGGUGGGGUGUUUUCUGGGACCUAUAUUGUGCAGCACCCGAGCGUCGAGAUACAUGUGAACAUUCAAGCGAAGCUAAAGCUUUUCACGAUUAUGGAUUUGUUAAUUCUGGUUAUGGAGUGAAUGGUGGUUUAGCACCCAGCCCUCUUGGUCAAAUGCCACCAAAUGAUGGUAUGGCAGGUGGUCCAGUACCUCCAGGUUUUUUCCCUAACAGCACAAUGAGACCAUCCCCACCCACACAACAACAAAGUCCUCAUCCCCAACAUGGACAAAUGAUGCCUGGACAACCUUUCAUGGGGCCUAGGUAUCCGACAGGGCCAAGAGGAGGGCCAGGCGUUAGAAUGCCAAUGGGUAGUGAUUUUAAUGGUCCUACAAUGUCAAACAACUUAGAUCCAACUAGGCAAGGGCCGCCAGGCAUGUCAACAAUGGGAAAUCCUCGAAUGAAUCCGCCCCGAGGACCAGGAAUGGGUACGAUGGGACCCGGAUCAUACGGACCGGGAAUGAGAGGACCUCCGCCAGGAAACAGUAUGGGUCUAGGUGGACCAGGUGGCCCCCCUCAAGGGCCCGGUGGACCCGGAAUGCCUCCAUUUUCAAUGGCGGGACCUGGUCCCGGAGGUAGACCGCAAUGGACGCCAAACACUUGCUCUUCUAUGACUUAUUCCAGUUCAUCUCCAGGUAAUUACGUUGUUCAUCCAGGAUCUACAGGCCCACCUGGUCCAGGUACUCCAAUCAUGCCAAGCCCGCAAGACUCAUCGAACAGCGGAAACGAGAACAUGUAUACUUUAAUGAAAUCAGUUCCAGGAGGGACCAUGCCGGGAGAUUUCUCAAUGGGAGGUGACCCCGAUCCAAUAGGACCCAAUACGAUGGGCCCCAUCGGACCCAACACCAUGGGACCCGUUAUGAACGAAGGAUUGGAUGGAAUGAAAAAUUCGCCAGUAGAUGGCGGCCCUGGAACUCCGAGAGACGAUUCCGGGUCCGGAAUGGGUGAUUACAACUUGGGAAGUUUUGGCGGACCCGGUGAAAACGACCAAAACGAAUCAGCCGCCAUUUUAAAAAUAAAAGAAAGCAUGCAAAAGGAAGCGAAAAGAUUUGAAAAGGAUUCGGACCAUCCAGAUUAUUUCAUGUCGUAG